AUGGAUAGGCGGCCCACUAAGCGACAACGCCGCGCAGAAGCCCCAUUCCAAUCCGAUUCCAAGCCAGUCACUCUUUCGUCACGUCCGAAGCCGACCCGUGCACGCCCCAGCCCGGCUCCUUCGAUCCAACUUCCUUCAUCCUCUCCAUCCCCCACCAAAACACCGCCAAGGCCGGUGAAGUCCCAAUCCAAGUCUCUCCAUAACUUUUUCCAGCCCGCAUCAGAAGGACAGCGAUGGUCUUCCCAGAAAUUCGAACCGCAGCGCUCAGCAUUGGCGCCGGAAGUCACCCUAGAUGCCGAUGUCAUCGAGGACGACUACGAUUCGUACGACGAGAUUUUUACCCAGCACAUCGCUAGCCAGAAGCCUGACAAUGCCUCCAAAUCAAGUUGCAAUAAGCCUCCAGCAGCAAGGUCCCAGGUUAAGACUGCCUCACGCCCAAAACCCCAAUCCUCCAAACGAUUUGUGAUGGCCUCUAGGCCAAAUGAACGCUCCCGACAACCCUCACCACUUAAUAGUAACGAUUUGACCGAUAUCGACAGUCUUCCAUGGGCCCAACGUUUUGCCCCAGUGAAUCUCGAUGAGUUGGCCGUGCAUAAAAGAAAGGUAUCCGACGUUCAGAAAUGGCUGGAAGAGGCGUUCUCGGGAAGGCGCAAAGAGAGACUCUUGAUCCUACGAGGUCCUGCUGGUUCAGGGAAAACGACCACGCUCUCUCUCCUGUCUAAGGUUCUAGGAUUCGACAUCGUUGAGUGGAGAAACCCAGCUGUCCCAGAUUACACUAUGCACGGAUACACCUCGAUCGGUGCCCAAUUCGAUGAUUUUCUGGGCCGCGGUGACCGAUACGGUGGCUUGGAAUUUGACCACGCAAAGGCGGACGAAACCCACAUUGGCCACUCCGGGACUUCUCAGGAUCGACGAGUGCUCCUGGUAGAAGAGUUUCCCACGGUGUUCCAUCGUGGUUCUUCGAGUCUGGCUUCAUUUCGAGCAUCCCUCCAGCGAUAUCUUGCCGCUACGACCCGUGGAACGGAUCGCGAUACACACCCGCCUAUUGUAAUGAUAGUUUCUGAGACCUUGUUGGGUUCAGCCUCGUCGAUAUCGGACAACCUGACGGUACAUCGCCUGCUUGGUCCUGCGCUCUAUAAUCACCCAGGCACAACUAUCAUCGACUUCAAUAGCGUUGCAUCGACAUACAUGCAGAAAGCUUUGCGAUUGGUUCUGGAAAAGGAGACGAAAAUGUCAAAUCACAGCAGUGUCCCCGGGCAGGCUGUCCUUGACGCCAUUUGCGAUGUUGAGGAGUCACUAAGGAUGAUAUCCCAACGAGAAGCUAGCUUGGGGAUGUUUCAUGCCGUGGGGAAGAUCGUCUACAACAAGCGCAUGGACAAAAGUCUCAUGCCAGUCAACGCAAUCAUCCCCCCUUCACCACCUGAUUAUCUUUCUUCCUAUGACCGACCCAAGGUGUCUGAGGUAGCGGUUGAUGAAUUGAUAGAUGAGACAGGAACGGACGUUGGCACAUUUAUCUGUGCUUUACACGAGAACUAUCCACCUUCAUGCCACGGGCCUGCAUUUACUGACAGCCUCAAUGCAUGUAUUGAGGCCCUGUCUGACAGUGAUAUACUAAGUCCUGGGCGCAGAUCCAUCCAUGGCUCUCGAACCGGCAUUGGCCUGGGUAUUGGAGCCACGCCACUGAACACCGGCGUGGACCUCUUGCGGCAAGAUGAGAUUAGCUUUCAGGUGGCAGCUCGGGGGCUUCUCUUUGGGCUUCCAUACCCGGUUAAUCGACGAGUCUCCCCGAGUGAUGGGAAGGGACGUGCAGGCGAUGUUUACAAGAUGUUGUAUCCAACCUCGCUUCGGCUCUGGCAAAAAACGGAGGAGGUUGAAGGCCUUUUGGAUGCUUGGAUGAAACAGAACCUAGAUCCCUUUGGCCAUCCACACCUUCUGUCUCAAGACUCUGAUCCUUCAGCCAGGUCCACCGGGGUAUCUUCCUGGAAAAAGCUCCGGUUUGGUCUUACUGUAUCAGGCGUGACAGACGAUCGCCCUCAUGGCUCGGUUGUGACGAUGAUGUCUCGUUCUGAUGCACUGCUUUAUCAGCUUCCUUAUGUGGCGCGUAUUCAGCCCCAGGAUGCCGCAUCUUCUCUUUUGACUCAAAUCACUCGUAUUCGAGGGAAUCUACUGGAAGAUGUCGAGGAAGAUGUCGUGGACGACGGAUUGGGUCCAGAACUUCCUCGAGACAGGCGCACAGGGGUCGGCAGCCAUACGGCCUUUGGGCCAAUAGUCCCCCCCACUCGAGGAAGAGAAGCUAAUUCUGAGUGA